AUGCGAUGGAACAAAAAAAGAGUGCUCAAAAACGCCAGCAGCUGCUCAAUGCUGCACUUGACGUAUUUUCUGUCUAUGGUUUCAACGGCGCAAGUCUAGAUGAAAUCGCUCAAUUAGCAGAUAUGCAUAAAUCCAAUAUUUUCUACUACUAUGAAAAUAAAGAAGCCUUAUAUGUUGAAGUGCUAACGACAGUUAUGCAGAAAUGGUUAGCACCGUUGCAGUCGCUUGAGUCAGAAUUGGAACCGACAGAAGCUUUGUCACAUUACAUCAUGACCAAAAUUGAAAUCUCUAGAACUCAGCCUAAAGCUUCAAAACUUUUCGCGUUAGAAGUGAUUCAAGGCGCACCACAUAUUUUACCGAUCCUCAAAGGCCCACUUAAAAAGCUCUUUAAACGCAAAGCUAAAGUGAUUUUAAACUGGCAGGCGCAAGUACUCAAAUUGAAAUGG